GGCACCCUAGCAAUGGCUGCCGCGUCUGCGACGACAGAUAACCAGGAGGCAGUGACAAUCUGAAGCGAGCACAGCCGGAUCGCCGCUAAGAUUGAAUCACUUCAGUCAUGUGGGCCACUUGGAAGAUACCUAUUCUGAAUCAGUGCUGCUGCGGCUGCUCUCUCAAGAAGGGAAGCAUCAUUAUUGGAGUCCUGGGUAUAGUACACGGCUUAGCGACCAUCACCGAGACAGUUCUCCAAUGUGAUUCGUGCCUGACAACGUACAAAUUCAACACUGGAGAACGUACGGGGUUGGAACUGGUGCCGGUGGCCGAGGUCAUCCACGGCUGCGUUCUCGUCUUGUUCGGUGCAGCACUAGUACUCGGCAGCAUUAUGGAGGUGUCGCACGUGGUGUGGGGGUGGCUGCUGGCACGCACCCUCCUGUCGCUGCUCACCCUCUUCCUGGUGCCCGUCAGCGUCGGCUUCCGGGUCGCUGCCAAAGACACCAGCGCACCCAUCCUGCUCGCCGCCGGCGUCGUCGAAAUAGGUUUGGACGUCUACUUUCUGCUGGUGGUGUACAGCUUCUAUCAUCUAAUAGCAGGCAAGGACGCAGAGCUUGCGGACUUCUGACGACCGACAUCUUGCGGCUUAAAAUUGGAGACUAACUGACAU